AGAUCAUUGCUAAUAAUACUGUCUAUAUAGGUCUAUAUUUCGAAUUCUUCUCAUUAUCAUUGGUUUCAAUCAUAUAUGUGCAGGGAAUAUUAAACAAGAGGAUUUACACAGAUGGGGACCGCUUGGCUCGCAGUUUUUGGCACUUUAGUCAUCACUUCUGAGAUCUCAGCACUAGAGAGAGCUAACAGGACAACAUGUGUGCCUGGAUUUGAAUCAAAGCUGCUGAUUUUCAGAGUGUCCAGGGAACAUCUGAGGCCGGGCAUGAGGCUGGGCAGAGUGGACUUCACUGACUGCACAGACCACACAAUAUUUCUUUUCAGCACUGACGACAGUCGCUUUGGUGUAAAGGCAGAUGGUGUGUUAGUGGUAAACAAAGAAGUUGUUCUUCAUAAAGGACUUGAGAACUUCUUCAUCCACUCCUGGGAUUCUCAUGGUCAGAGAAUAACAGUUCCAGUCAGUGUAGUUCAUUCUGAGCAUCACCAUGGACACAAUAAUGGCCAUGAAUGUGGAAAGCACCACCAUGAAGACCACACAAACAUUCAACAUCGCAGUACAAACGUGGACUCUGCUAACCACACAGAGAGUGCCACUUAUCAACAAGUGCCUGUUCUUCAAUUCCCCAAGUCUGGUAGAGGACUGAGGAGAAGGAAGAGAGCAGGCUGGGUUAUUCCUCCACUCAAUGUUCCUGAGAAUCAGAGAGGAAUCUAUCCUCUAAAAGUAGCUCAGAUCCGCUCUAAUGAAGAUAAAACAUGGAGGGUCUUUUACAGCCUCACUGGUCCAGGAGCUGAUCUGCCUCCUGCUGGUCGUUUCAUUAUGGACAAACAGACUGGCAAUUUGUAUGUAACACAACCACUCGACAGAGAGGAAACAGCCAUGUAUACAUUUGAAGCACAUGCUGUGGCAGAAGGAGCAGGACAAGAUAUGGAUCCUAUGGAGAUUAUAGUCAAUGUGAUAGACCAGAAUGACAACAAACCUUACUUUACGACAGAGUACAAAGCAGAUGUUGCUGAGGCCACAGCCAUUGGGACUGAGGUGGUUAGGGUUGAGGCCAAAGAUGAUGAUGAGCCAGAUAAUCUCAACUCAGAUCUCCGCUAUCGUAUUCUAAAUCAGGACCCACCGCUGCCCACGGACCACAUGUUUGAAAUCAACCCAAUUACUGGAACCAUCAGAGUCACUGGUAAAGGACUAGACAGAGAGAAAUAUCCACAGUACACUCUGACAGUACAAGCAGCAGAUAUGGCGGGAGAAGGGCGUACUGGACAAACAAAAGUCAUCCUCACAGUGACAGACAGCAAUGACAACGCUCCAGUCUUCACUCAGAAAUCUUACAGUUCAACAGUUGAUGAAAACAAAAAGAAUGUUGUGGUGGUAAAGAUGAUAGCAACAGAUGAGGAUGAACCACAAACUCCAGCCUGGAACACCAAGUUCAAGAUCGUCAGUGGUGAUUCUGAUGGACUUUUCACAUUAAAAACAGGAACUAACAAACAGGAAGGGAUCCUUUCUACUGCAAAGGAGCUGGACUUUGAGAGGGUCAGCAAGCACACUCUGUUGGUUUCAGUGGAGAAUGAGAUUCCUUUUGCUUGUGGUGUUUCUGUGGUCACUUCUACCGCCACAGUGGUGGUGAAUGUGAAGGAUGUGAAUGAAGCUGCAGUCUUUGAUCCAAAGGAGAAGCUUGUGGUAAAACCAGAGGACCUUGCUGUGGAUGAAGUCAUUGUGCAGUACAGCGCUUCAGACCCAGACACUGCACGCAAGCAGAAAGUUGUGUACAAAAUAAUGAAUGACCCUGCAGGCUGGCUGAAUGUGGACAAGGACACAGGCCUUAUUAAAGUGAGACGACUCAUGGACAGAGAGGCUCCCUUUAUCACGAACAACAGAUACAUCGCAACCAUCGGUGCAUAUGAUGAUGAUGCAGUCCCAGCUACAGGAACUGGAACACUGAUCAUUCAGCUGGAAGAUGUCAAUGACAACGUUCCCGUUAUUAAGCAGCAUGAAAUCAAGAUGUGCAACAAGGAUCCAGCUCCUCAGCUGCUGUCAGUAACAGAUAAAGAUGGACCAGAAUUUGGACCUCCGUACUCGGUGUCUUUACAGGACAUGUCAAAGACACACUGGACCGCUAGGAUGAAUGACUCCAGAACAGGCAUCAUCUUGAAUUUAGCCACUGAGCUGCACAGUGGAUAUUACAGUGUUAUCCUGAGAGUGGCAGACAAACAUGGCCUGGAGCAGGACAGCAUCAUCAAAGCUGAAGUGUGCGACUGCAGGGGAGAGGAUGUGAUGUGUACUCAGCGUGUGCCCAUUAUUCGGGGAAUACUUGGAGGCAUUCUACUGCUUGUGCUGGUCCUGAUUGUGCUGUUUGUAAGUCUGAGGAAAGGGGAGCAGAAGGAGCCAACAUCUAAAGACAACAUCUUCUACUAUAACAGAGACCAAAGUAGAGAGGAUGAUCAGGACUAUGAUCUGAGUGUUCUCCACCAUGGUCUGGACAACCGACCUGAGGUUGUGGGACUCUCGAGGCAGCUAACAGGUACUGACAGGCAGAGUUGGCAAAAGUACAGAGAUUCUAACCUGAAGGCAGCAGACAAUGACUGCAGUGGAGAACGAGAAUACCAGUGCCUCAGUGAGUGA